AUGGAAGAACCAAAGUCUAAGGCAAAGUCCGUGAUUGUAAUUGGUGCCGGUGUUGGAGGAGUUGCCACGGCUGCACGACUAGCAAAGGCCGGCUUCAAGGUGACGGUUCUGGAAAAGAACGACUUUACCGGUGGGAGAUGUUCUCUGAUCAACCAUGAUGGCUACCGCUUUGACCAAGGUCCAUCACUACUGCUUCUCCCUCAAUUCUUCCACGAGAUCUUCCGUGAUCUUGGGACUUCACUCUCAUCCGAAGGGAUUGAGCUACUCAAGUGUGAGCCAAACUACAACAUUUGGUUUGGCGAUGGCUCUUCCUUUGAGCUUUCCACAGAUCUCACGAAGAUGAAGAAGUCGAUCGAGGCGAUUGAAGGCAAGGAUGGCUUUGAACGUUAUCUCUCGUUUCUACAAGAGUCACAUCGACAUUACGAGAUCAGCGUCGCCUAUGUACUUCGAAGGAACUUUUCAUCCUUUCUCAACAUGGCAAGGCCGGAGAUGCUGUUGAAUCUUUUGGCUCUUCAUCCCUUCCAGAGCAUAUGGACUCGAGCCAGCAAGUAUUUCUGGACCGAAAGGCUAAGAAGAGUGUUCACAUUCGGGACUAUGUACAUGGGCAUGAGUCCGUUUGAUGCGCCGGCGACGUAUAGCUUGUUGCAGUACACAGAGUUGGCAGAGGGAAUUUUGUACCCACAAGGCGGGUUCCAUAGAGUUGUAGAAUGCCUUGUUAAGGUCGGCGAGCGACUGGGCGUGGAAUACCGCUUGUCCACUUCAGUACAAUCCAUUUCCAUCGACAAAGCCACGCAGAAAACCAACGGAGUCAUCCUUGAAGACGGAACCCUCCUACCGGCAGACAUCGUAGUCUCAAAUGCGGACCUUGUCUACACUUACAAUAAUCUUCUACCGGAAACCUCCUAUGCGCGGUCUCUGUCCAAACGGGAGGCAUCCUGCAGCAGCAUCUCAUUUUACUGGUCGAUUUCGAAGGUAAUUCCGAAACUUCGGGCUCACAAUAUCUUUCUUGCAGACGAAUACCGAGAGUCCUUUGACAGUAUCUUCAAGAAACAUCUGAUCCCGGUGGAGCCGUCUUUCUAUGUCAACGUUCCUUCACGGGUGGAUCCGUCGGCCGCCCCAGAAGGCAAAGACUCCAUUGUCGUGUUAGUUCCCGUGGAUCAAGACUGGGACUCGAUGGUAUCACUUGCCCGCGAAACGAUAAUUGCAACCAUUCAAUCCCGAAUUGGCGUGGACCUUUCCCCUCUCAUCAAGCACGAAAUCAUCAACACCCCAUACACGUGGAAAGACAAGUUCAACCUGGACAAGGGAGCCAUCCUGGGAUUAAGUCACUCCUUCUUCAAUGUCCUUUCUUUCCGACCCGGGACUCAGCAUUCACAGUUCAAGAACCUGUACUUUGUUGGGGCAAGCACACAUCCAGGAACUGGAGUUCCAAUCUGUCUUGCUGGAAGCAAAAUCGUUGCUGAACAGAUUCUUGAAAACGCAGGGUUCUCCGACGAUAAUAUUGGAAUUAACGAUAAGUGCCGUUCUCGAUGGCAUGAAAAUUGA